UCUCAAACAAAAGAGAGAAACAUUCGACAGCAGACGCCGCAUCAAAGCUGAGGAAACGUUUGGAAGCUUUUGGAGGUAAUUGUUGCUCUGACUUGCUAUUAAUAGCGUAAACUAUAGCUUUGAUUGCCAAACUUAAAUGAGUUAGUAAAAACAUCUGUGAUUCGAUGCUACAGGAUCUUUGACUUAGCAAACUUUGCGUGACCCCGAUUCUUUGAAAACGAAAUUGCUGUAGGUCAGCAAUUUUGAACAUGUUGGCCCUCGCCCCUACUUUUCCGUAAAAUAUUUGUACAUUUUCGGGGUCUUGAGUCUUAACAGGAUGUCUUUUUGGUCCGAAAGCCCAGGUAUGAAGGUAUAAAGGUUACCGGUCCACGUUUGUAUUUUUCUAAUUCCAUGAUAACAGUUUUUUUUUAAUGCUUAACGCUGUAUGUGAAACAAAAAUUAAACAGGGUCAUUAAAUGAGGUCUUCUGUCUUAAACAUGGUAGUGAUGUGAACGAUUUUAGUCUUAAGCAUGAUCCAUGAUCAGGGUUUGAAGGUCUUGGGAGCAUACCUCUACCCAAACAUUCCUUGAGUGCCCCCACCCCCUACCCCACCUCCACCGGGCAUUCUCCAUCCCUAGGACCGGGGCAGGGUGGCUACUGUAGUGUUUUCCUGCACAUAGGGAUUUGUUUUACAUCGUCUUUACUUACUAUGCAGGUAUAGAGAGGAACCUUUAUAUAAUGAAGAGACAAGGGAGUGGCAAAAUAUGUUCACUGUAACAAGGUUUAGUUAUAUUGAGGUCCUUUUCCUUAAAUUUUGCUCUUACCAUGGUGAAAAAUACAUUCCUUGUAAAUAGAGGCUUGUUAUAUAAAGGUUCCACAGCUGUACAUUAAUAUAUGGGGGGGGGGGGGGGGGGACCCAUGGGGGGGGGGGGGGGGGCCCCACCAACUUUUUUUUUUUUUUGGGAGAAAGGUGAAAAUGGGGGGAGGUUUCCAUUGGUUUUUUUUUAAAAAAAAUUUAAACAAAAAAAAACUUUUUUUUUUUUUGUAAAAAAAAAAAAAAACAUAAAAAAUAUGCGGGUUUUUUGGGGUUUCGCAUAAAAAAAAAAAGUAAAGAAAAUUUCAUAUUAUGGGAGAGAGUUGUGUGAGGUGAGGAGCGGAUGAUGUGUUGUGGUGUGGGGGGGGGGGGGGGUGGGCGGACACACUCAGCUAUUUAUUUUUCUUGGAUCAAACUGUAAAAUUGGCAUGAGUUCCACUGAGUUAGUAUUAAUACAAUAUUAUUACCAACUAAAAUGUCUUUAUUUUCUGUAGAAAUAACAAGAAACAUUUAACAAUGGGUGCUGUUUUGGGAUCAGCUAUGAAGAACACAAUGGAUGAAAAUUUCAAGAAGAAUCAAGAGUUUAUGUUGCAAACUCAAAAAUUGCAGGUUCAAAUUCUAUAAUUCAAUAAUAUAUAUAUAUAUAAUUUUAUAAAAUGAAAUCAAAAUAAAUUUGAAAUUAACCAAUUUGAGUGUAACCUGCAGUACGGGGGCAAGGUGCGGCUACAUGUAGGCUAAUUUGAGUGCAAUUGACAGCCUCUGUGCUACACUUUUUCUUUGAUGGGAAAUUGGCUAUACUGUUGCAAGGUUUUAUUUUAUUUUUAAAAUAAUUUGUAAUCAUUGAUCAUUAUUUGAGUUGAUCUGUUUAGCCUUUACCUGUGUUAAAAGCUUUUUGUAUCUUCUCUUAGUUAGGAAGACAACUUCAAAUGCAGAAUGCCAUGAGGGAACGGCAAAUGUCUAUGCAGCUGGCAGGAGCAAGAGAGAUGUUUUAUUGGCUGGCUUCAUUCUAUGGAGUUGCUACACUAGGCAUGCUUGCUGGGUAUAUAGACUUAACCUCCAUAUCAAAUGCAUUUUUCUAAAGUGGUAGGCUGAAUAGAUUAUUAUUCAUUCAAAAUAUUUCGUCAUUGCUGAUUGGUUCCAAUCCCCUGGCUAAUUCUUCAUAACCAAUGGGUGCAUACCAUAUUUGAAAGAUUAGAGCAAUAUACCAUCGAUUCGAUGGCAUAUUUGGUUAGAAACAAGGCUGCUUGGGCAAAAGUGAUUUAAAAAAAUGGCGUUCAUGGCUAUUCGAAGACGAAAUAGCUGAACUUCUGACUUAAACUGAGUGGGAGAAAUGCGAAAAUACGCAAAACAUAUUUCUCGAUGGACUUUAUCUACUUUUUGAGGAGUACCUGCAAGAUGAAACAUCCGUUUAUAUCCUAAAACCAUGCCAAGAAAUAGGCCAAAGUUUUGAAGCAAGUCUCAAGGGGGUAGGCAUGUUGAGAACUUAGAAACAUUUUGAAUGAAUAAUAAAACAAUUUAUUGAAUUUGGCUGUCAUACGAUGUGAAGAAUUAUGCAGAUCUCGGAGGAUGUUAUUCACCUUGCCCUUCAUCCUCAGUGGAUAAGAUCCUCCUCGAUCUGCAUAAUUCUUCACAUCCUACUCAGCCUCAUUCAGUAAUGUUUUGUAAAUUGUCACAACUGUGGCUAUCACUAAUCCUUAUUUUAUGAACCUUGUUCGAUAGUACUGUUGAUAAAACUUAUGGUGUAAUAGCAAUAACAUUUUAAUUUUGUGAGAUCUUAACUACUGCCAAUCAAAAUUCAUUACCUUUCAUAUGAUUUGUUUUUAGGUUUAAGAGGUCUAAAAAUCCAGCUGUAUUAGUUCCUUUUUUGCCUUUUACCUUUAUUGUGGCUUAUCAAGCAGAUUUUUGUUAUGGAACUAAAAUGAGCAGGAUAAGGGGUAAGAAUCAGUAAUAAUAAACUGUGGAAAGAAACUAAUCAUCUGUUACACGGUUAAAUAAGAUUACAGCUGUACUCGCCUGUUAACUAUGUGGAAUCACAGACUUAGUGCAGAGGAAGCCCAAGGGUUCUAUGUGAAGAGCUUCAAAUGGAACUAAGCUUUGUUUAAAAUAUUUCAAAAUACAUGCUAGAUAUUUCUACCUUAUGAAACAAACAAACAAAACUUUACCUGUGCUGCCUGUGCUCUUCAUAACACAGAGUAAAAGCAGGCUGGCAAAACCCUAGUAUAACAAACCACAAUUCUUCACCAUAGCUGAUUAUGUAUAUUCAGUAUGGGAUAGGACUCAUUUUAACGGGGUCCUGUGCCAUAACAUGCGAGCGGAGGCUACUUUGUCACCAUAUUGUCUUCACAUGCCAGAACACAUUGUGAAAAAGUAGCCCCUGCUUGCGGGUCAAAUACUGCCUUUCCUGCCAUUAUAAGGAGCGAUUUCUUAGUCCCUAAGUGUGACGUUAGAAUAGGUUUCAUGUACAUGCCUUUGGUCUGAGUAAAAUAAUCGAUUGUUAAUGGUCUAUGUUUAAUUGCAGAUGAAGCUGAAAAAAUCAUGCAAGAGGAACGUGCUCUUCUGGAACUUCCUAAUGGAAUGCCAAGCUUUGAAUCCAUUGAGGAGGCACGAUUGAAGGCAGAAGGCAGGAGCUCUUAA